CAUGGCGACCACGACGUGCGACACACUAUUAGCACUUUCAAGAGCAGCUGCAGCAAAGAAUCCCCAUCUCUUCAAGUCUGAACCUUCUGUGAGAACAAGCAUCGGGCCGUCAUGCCCCUUCUGACUCCCGCAGAUAAAGACACCAUCAAGCACUGUAUACCGAGCGCGUCAAAUAAGAUCAUCACAGCGGCUAUCGCCAAGCUCUACAUCUGCCUCCCCGACAGUCAAAGAUGGAUUGACACCGAGCUGAUAGGUGCUGCGGUCUUGGCAUACGAUCAAGUUGGGAAAUGCUUCUUCUUCAAGCUUGUCGAUGUCGUCGGCACGCAGGGCAUCUUGUGGGAUCAAGAGCUCUACGAAGGCUUCCAAUACAAUCAAGAUCGCACCUUCUUUCACUCUUUCGAGAUACCCGAGUGCAUGGCCGCCUUUAGCUUUGCUGACGAACGCGAAGCAUCCAACUUCUACAGCAAAGUGGAGAGCAGACACAAAAAGGUACCGUCUGGGAAGAGCGGCCUCGGCAAGAUGGGCUCAAAGAUGAUGGGCCUCUUUGGAAAGAGCGAUAAGCAUGAGGCACAACCCAGCUACAGCCCACAGCCGGUGCAACAGCCCAUGACGCCAGAGACACCACGCAAGAGCACAUUUGAUCCGAAUGAUCCAGAGAUGGCCGGCGUGAUGGCACAACUAGCAGAGCUAGGCAUAUCAGAGGAUCAAAUUGCCGGGAACGAAGAGUUCAUCAAGUCCUUCAUUACACAACAAGCUGCAAAGCAUCAGCAAACAGUGCCACCAUCACGGCAGCGACAACCUACACGCGUUCCCGUAUCAAUGGCACCGCCCAUCAGUAGUGCGACUGCAUCACCACGCGCACCAGCGCCGCCACCGCCUCCAGGACCGCCAGCUGCGCCAGUCCAAGAGCCUGCUACCCCUGCAAUCAGAAGAUUGCCGCCGCCCGCUUCUGCAACACCUUCGAGUCGCCCGCCCAUCGUGCUUCAACAAAGCUCAACACCGACUCAAUCGCCCAGCGACUCGGCUCCAGCCUCGCCUGCUAAUCGCAAAACGGGUGGUCCACCUCCACCGCCGCCGUCACGAAGGAGACCACAGACGGAUGGGCCAAUGGUUCCAGGCAAGGUCCCUUUGACUGAUACAACACCGAGUGGAGCUGUCUUCAAUGUUCCUCCACCGUUUGAGGGAAAGCGGGUAACUGCCCCGCCCAUGGGCCGAGCAGUGCCCGUGCCACCGUCCUCAGCAGGGCCACCUGUACCCUCACGAGGUGCUUCAGGCCCACCGGUGCCAUCACGGCAAGGACCGCCUUUACCGCCAGCAGCUGCUCGACCUGUACCAGGACGUCCAACACCACCUCCUACAGGUGGACCUCCACCACCGCCUCCUUUGCCACCGCCAACAGCAUUAGCAGGGAGCGGUCCACCACCUCCUCCUGGUUUACCUCCACCACCAACCAUGCCAGGCGGUCCGCCUGCACCGCCUCCUCCUGCGUUGGCUGCAUCGUUACCAGUUGGUGCGCCUGGUGGUAGAGAUGACUUGCUUGCAUCCAUUCGUGGAGCUGGUGGAUUGAAGAAAUUGAAGAAGGCCGAGACGGUUGAUAAAUCUGCACCUGCAGUACCUGGUGCUGCUCGAGCAGCGGGUGCUGGCGCUGCUGUGGGUGCUGCUGCUGGUGCCGCAGCACCGUUGGAUAUGGCGUCACAACUCGCUGCAGCGUUGGGACAACGAAAUAAGAAAGUGGCCGUGAAUAGUGAGGGCGAGGAGAGUGACGAGGAUUGGUAGGGUAGGCUGGCAUAUUCACUCAUGUACCAUUCAGAGACACGACUCAAUCUACGGCUACGCAUCAAAGAAGAGAAGGAUCCAGGAAGAAUAUACGAUUGCGAUGAUUUUUUACGUCAGUAAGAGAGGUUUAAUCUUGCUCGUCAAACUUCUCGACAAGGUCGGGAAUGUCAUCAUCGUCGCCCUCUGUCUCCUUAGCACCCUCAACAGCGG